GGGGGGGGGGGGGUGCUGGACUAGUACGGGCUGCAUUAGGUUUAUGAACGGCACGGAUGCAUCAUGCUUCCAUUUUUGUUCUGCUGUGCUGAAUCCCCCGGCGCUGCGAGGACCCGCUCACUGACAGUAGGUCGGAGUUACUGCAUUUCCCAGCCAGGUCCGCGAGACCCCCGAGAACACGGGGAGGGGGCCACGGUGCAGCCCACGCGCAGCAGCAGUGACAGCAGCAGCAGCUGCAGUGAUCAACACAGCGUCCCUGUUGCCCGUUCACACGGACCAAGCUGUUGAUCCCCCCCGACCGACCAGCAGAUCAGACCGGGCGGACCGUCGUACAUCUGGGACCACCGACCCUAUUGGAUAACAAAAACAACAACAACACUAAUCGAAUACUUUUGAACUCAAACGGAUGGGGAUGUGUCGCCGGACGGAAAACCACUGCGCGCAGACCGGAUUUGUUUACUGAUUUGACGAAAUCACCGGGACGCAACGAUGGAUGAUUCUGGUUGGGCUUUGAUUAUGGAGAUCCGCGAGACUGCAGCAGCCGGGUUGUGAUGCUCGCUGAGGGGAGGGUUUAGAUCCCCGGGACACAGCCUUUCUUCGCCCCGCCAGGGGGACCGUCACCAUGUCUCGGGCAGCGGCGAUCGCCAACUCCCUCAUCCGCCAGAAGCGGCAGGCACGGGACCGCGAGAAGGCGAACUCGUGCCGCGGCACGGCGGGCAGCCCGAGCAACAGCAAGGGACCCAACGAGAAGCCCAGCAAACUCAACGUCUUCUCGCGCGUCAAAUUAUUUGGCUCGAGGAAAAAGCGGAAGAGAAGGCGACCCCCAGAGCCCCAGUUAAAGGGCAUAGUGACCAGGCUGUCCAGCCGGCAGGGCUUCCAGCUCCAGAUGCAGCCAGAUGGAACCAUCGAUGGAACCAAGGAUGAGGACAGCACGUUCACUAUAUUUAAUUUGAUUCCAGUGGGACUGCGUGUUGUGGCCAUUCAGGGUGUCCAGACCAAAAUGUAUCUGGCCAUGAACAAUGAGGGAUUUCUCUACACCUCUGAACACUUCACCCCUGAGUGCAAGUUCAAGGAGUCGGUGUUUGAGAACUACUACGUGACGUACUCCUCCAUGAUGUACCGCCAGCAGGCCUCGGGCAGGGCCUGGUACCUGGGCCUCAACAAGGAGGGCGGAGUCAUGAAGGGGAACCACGUGAAGAAGAGCAAGGCCGCCGCCCACUUCAUCCCCAAACCCCUCAAAGUGGCCAUGUACAGGGAGCCAUCUCUCCACGACCUGACGGAGUUCUCGCGGUCAGGGAGCGGGACCCCCACCAAGAGCCGCAGCGCCUCAGCUCUGCUCAACGGAGGAGGGAAGACCCCCACUGACUCCUCCUAGCCCCCACACACACACUAACGCUCACGCACACACACACACACACACACACACACACACACAGACACACGCACACACACAGAUACAUAUAAACACACACACAGAUACAAAGACACAUAAACACACACACAAACAUAGAUACACAUGUACACAAACACACACACACACAGAUACACAUACACACUAUUACAAACACAAACACAAGGACACACAUUGAUAUACACACACACACCCACACACAAACACAAACUCAAACAUACAUAAAAGUGGAAACUCCAGGCUACCCAAAUGAAAGAGCUCCCAGUAAUAGAGUCUGGUGCAUUAGUGUAAUGAGCACAACAGACCAACAUACCAAUCAGUGGAACUACCUGGCUCAGUGCAAGAUGGAGCUCAGGAACCUGGAACUUUCCAUUACGGCAUACACUCACAGGCACUCACUCACAUACACACACACACACACACACACACACACACACACACACACACACACACACACACACACACACACACACACACACACACACACACACACAUAUAAACUCACAGGCACACACACUCACACAAACAGAAACACACACACAAACAGAAACACACACACACACACAAACACACACACACACACACACACACACACACACACACAAAUAGAAACCCACACUCACAGGCACACACACUCACACACACAGAAACACACACACACACACACACACACAAAAACACACACACACACAGAAACACAUUCAGACACAGAAACACACACACACACACACACACCGAACACACACACACACACACGCACACACACACACACACACACACACACACACACACACAGAUCUCAGGCAGACAUGCCUGCACAGCAGGCUACUGAGGGGUGGAGGUAGAUGAGCAGAGCAGGAAGAGCACAGAAGACGAGAGAGAGGAGGAAGAGGAGGGUUGGAGUGAAGGAGUGAAGAGAGGAAGAAGAGUGCUAUUUAUUCCCCCUGUACGGACCCCACUGUGACCUACUGUGAUGUAAAUACAACUAUCACACCCAGGACAAUCACGUCGGAGCAGCUGUAGUCUGCAAAGGGACCCUGCUCUGGGUUUGACUACUCUUCCCUGGAGUCCUGUUCCAGAUACUGUAUUAUAUCUUAACAUCUGAGAGGGAAAAGGUGUGAGAGUAGCGCACAAGAGAGCAGAAAGACAAACGGACAGACACAGACGGAGCUGUGGAUUACGCAGACUGUUAAGUACAGAACCAAAGAGUUUAAAGUUUCCGCUGAAGUAUCCUUUGAAAAAAGAAAGGCACAAAAUUGAAGGGAAGAAGAGCAGAGACAGAGAGCUGGGAAGAAUGAGAAUUACACUUUUUAUCUAUUCUACCGAAUGCUAUGUUUACACAGAGCUCCUGGGUCGAGGUAGGAUUUUUCAGAACAACUUCAGUAUUCCUUGUACUCUUAUCAUUGAAUCCGUGGAUUUAUUUGCAUGCGUGUGUCUAAGUCUGUACGCCUGGCGGGUCAGAAGCCGCUGUAUAUAGGGGAUGCUUGUGUGUGUGUGUGUGUGUGUGUGUGUGUCUGUUUGUGUGUGCGUGAGAGUGAGCGAGAGAGAGAGCGAGAGAGUGUUUAAUUGUGAGCACAGCCGUGUCCAUCUAGGAAGAGGUUGGCAAGAGGUCCUCCUCUCAAAUCCCCGAGGACUCUGGUGAUCUGUAUAUGCUUCUCUGUGUUUCCUUCUUCCCGCCAACGCAUUCCUUUCCGUUCGUUGUGUCAUCGUUGUUUGUUUGUUUGUUUGUUUGUUGUUGCAUGGAAGCUGUGGACGUCUGCUCAGUAGCAGCAUGCUGCAGGUCCGCUUCUCCUGCUCUGUGUCCCCGACGACAAAAGAGAAUCACUAGUGACCAAUAGCGUCCCACCAGAACACUAGUGAGCCAAUGGGAGGGUCUAUGGACACAACAGGACAAUUAGUAUUGCACCAGGAUAUAGUCAGUGGACCAAUGGCGUUGGACCAGAGCUCUGAUGAAGAACCAACGGGUGCACAGAUUAUCGUAUUUUGGUUCCUGCCGAGGAAAAACUAGAAAUGCACUAAAUAAACUCUUUCUAAGGAAA